AUGCUUCUCGUCUCGUGGCUCAACUCGUUGCGGCGAUGCUUCGGCACGUCGUUCCACAUCCUCGUCUUCAGCAUCUACUGGGCACAGGGCUUCCGCGCGUUCCCCUGGACAGGCAUCAGCAUUCUGGCGAAGGACCAUCGGAAGCCAGUGGUGCCCUUGCCCCUGCCUUUUCCCCCUCCCUUUCACCCCAUCACCGCUUCUCACUGUUCUUCAUUCUUCCCCCAAACUCAUUCGUACCCGCGCGUUCCCUUGGACGGGAAUCUGCAUUCUAGUGAAGAACCAUCUGAAGCUGGGCCCAGCAGCAGUGCAGCUUAUGACCUCCACUGCCUACAUGACGUGGAGCGUGAAGCCGUUAUAUGGCUCAUCCCCUACAUCAUCAUUGCCAACGCCCUCUCACUGCUCUCCUGGCUCGCCCUCCCACUCCCUGCCACCUCCGUUCACCCCUUCUCUCCAGGAUCUUAUCUGACUCUCGCCCUCACGUUCGUCCCAAGUCUCGCCGCCUUUGCCGAGCCCUUCACGCUGCUGCUCGUGCUGCAGAUAGUUGAGGCGGCCAUGGCUGACGUGGUGAUAGAUGCCAUGGUGGCAGAAGCAGCCAAGGGAGAGAAAACGUCGGCCGCCUUGGCUGACGUGGUGAUUGACGCCAUGGUGGCAGAAGCUGCCAAAGGAGAAAAGGAGAGGUAUGCGGGCGACUUACAGUCCCUCUCCUGGUUCUCCAUGGCAGCGGGCGGCGUGGUGGGAAAUCUCCUAGGCGGCCCGGCUUUGAAGACGCUGCAGCCACACGGCAUGUUUGCGCUCUUCGCGUUUUUCCCCCUAUCACAGCUCACAAUGUGUUUCAUGUCGUCCAAGAGGAAGCUUACAGGGGGGACGGGAAGUGGGGAGGAGGACAAGGGGGAUGAGGAGGAGGAAGUGGAGGGGGUGGAGGAGGAGGAAUGGGAGGGAGAGGAGGGAGAAAGGGUGAGGGAGAGUGGGAAGGUGGUCGGAGCAAGUGAGGGGGAUAAGAGAGUGAGGGACUCUAUGAGUGAUGGUACAACAGCAACAGCACCAUCCUGUCUUGAAAUCGAACGAGCUUCUGAUGCGACCUGGGACUCUGUUGCUGAUUCCCUGGUUACAAUUGACUGUGGAAGUUCGCAUGGCAACCGCAUGAAUGGUGGCAGUGAGAGUGAGGAGAGCGGCGAGCUGGGGGAGUGGGAGCAGGUGGUACCAGAGCAGGCUAUAGUGGCGAGGAAGAAGGAUGGAGAAGAAGAAAGAGGUGGGGGCGAGGAGGGUGGGGGCGAGAAGAGUGCAGCAAGAGAGCAGAGCAUUGGGUUGAGACAACGGAGAGGCAGAGAGGGGGGUGACGGGGAAGGAGGGAAGGGAAAUGCAGUUGAGACUGGAAGGGCGGAAGGAGCAGAGGAGGCGAGGAAGAGGAGAAGUGAGGAGAGAAGUAGAAGGAAGGCAGCAGGGGGGUUGGGGAGGGAGGUGCUCAAUCUGGUGAUGGUUCUGUGGCAUGCUGUCAUGUCUCCAGAGAUCUUAUGGCCCAUGGCAUGGUUCAUGAUAUCAUGUACAGUCGUGCCUACCAUAACCUCCUCCCUCUUCUACUUCCACACCAACCGUCUGCACCUCGACAUCUCCUUUCUUGGCUCCACUAAGAACUCCCAAAAAAUGAAAAGUGCAGCAGGCUAUGAUACUGUGCCUACCUCUCCAAACUCACUCACCCACUCCUCCAUCCCCCAAUCCUCUGCCUGCCACCCCUCCCUUCCCCCACACCCAUUUUUCCCACUCGCUCCUCUGAGACUCCCACCACCCCCCUCCUCGACCCCCCCAAGGUCAUUGGCUGGGCGGGCCAUUUACUUGUUCCUCGGCUCCCCUUUCUCCACCUCACCUGCUUCCCCACUCGCUACUCCGGGGCUCCCACCACCCCCCGCCUUGCCCUCUCGCCCUCCCCAAGGUCAUUGGUUGGGCGUGUUGUACUUCCAUAUUUUAUACAACAUGCAUAGGCUAGACUUAAAUGUGUAG